ACAGAUACAGAAGCGAACAAAUUUUACGAAAAUUUCUACACACGACUCGAUGACGAUGGCCGACGAUGCUGAGCUGCAUAUCCGCUGUCCGCACAUAACGCUGAAGAUGCAAUCGGCUGAUCGUGGCGUUGUCCUCUUUCGCAUUCGCCGCGUGAUGCCGCUGGGCAAGCUGAAGGAUGCGUAUUGCUCGCAGAUGGGCCUGGCCAAGGAUUUGGCCAUGCUGUCCAUCGACGGCGAGCAAAUCAGUGACAGUGAGACGGCCAAUUCGUUGGAGCUGGAGGAUGAAGACAUUAUGGAUGUGCAGCUGAAGCGUCAAUCCGAAGCGGGCGAUGCUCCGGCGUGCGCAUUGGAUCUAUCGAUUUGAUGAUAGCAUAUAUAAUUUAUAAAUUUAUAAAAGGCAGCAGCACUAGCAACAAAU